UGCCGCUCGCGGGCGCCGGGCUCCGCGCUCCCAGCCGCCGCCGCCGCCGCCGCCGCCGGAGUGGGGCUCGGCGGGCCCCCCCACUUGGCAGCCCGGGUCCCCCCCGGCCUUGCCUGCGAGUCAGCCCGGCUCCGAGUCACGUGUCAGUGCCCGAGGCAGAGACAGAGAAACACGCGCUUCAGUCCUUCUUCCACCGCCAUACUGUAUUUUAUCCUAAAUCUCAUUUUUAUUCCAACAUUUUACUCCCGCUCGGAUUGAAACAAGCUGAGCCAACCAUGACUGGCAAAACACAGACCAGCAACGUCACCAAUAAGAAUGACCCUAAGUCCAUCAACUCCCGUGUUUUCAUUGGCAACCUGAAUACAGCCAUCGUCAAGAAAGUUGACAUUGAAGCUAUUUUCUCAAAGUAUGGAAAAAUAGUUGGCUGCUCAGUUCACAAAGGCUAUGCAUUUGUACAGUACAUGAGUGAGCGCCACGCAAGAGCGGCAGUGGCUGGAGAAAACGCCAGGAUCAUUGCAGGCCAGCCGCUUGAUAUCAAUAUGGCAGGAGAACCAAAACCAUACAGACCAAAACCUGGAAAUAAGAGGCCCAUUUCUGCGCUUUACAGACUUGAAUCAAAGGAGCCUUUCCUGUCAGUUGGUGGCUAUGUCUUUGACUACGACUACUACAGAGAUGAUUUCUACAAUCGGUUGUUUGAUUACCACGGCCGCGUGCCUCCGCCGCCCCGCGCGGUCAUCCCGCUGAAGCGGCCCCGAGCGGCAGUGACGACCACGCGCAGGGGAAAAGGAGUUUUCUCCAUGAAAGGAGGAUCGAGGUCUGCUGUCAGCGGCUCUUCUUCAUCGGGCUCGAAAUUGAAAUCAGAUGAGUUACAGACAAUCAAGAAAGAAUUAACCCAGAUCAAAACUAAAAUUGACUCCUUGCUAGGGCGCCUGGAGAAGAUUGAGAAGCAGCAGAAGGCGGAGGCUGAAGCUCAGAAGAAGCAGCUGGAAGCAAGUCUAGAGCUGAUCCAGGAUGAGUGUGUGUCAGAGAACGCGGACCACUCCGCGGAGGAGCCCGCAGAGGGAGCGCCCGACGCGGAUGGGGAGGAGCUGACCGACGGCGUGGAGGAGGACUUCGACGAGGACGGGGCUCACGAGCUGUUUCUACAGAUAAAGUGAUUUAAAGUAAUGAAUGAUGCCAUCAAAGCAGAAAAGAGAAACUGUGAAAACCCCCAGAAAUGUGAAAGGAGGUUUCCUACAGGAUAACAGCAUCUUCGGUUCAAUUUAUAAAAACCCAAAUAAAUAAAAUGGACAGUAUUGUUCAAUUUUAGAAAUUCCAUUUCUUCUAUGUUCUAAGCUGUAUAAUUGUCAGGUUUUUAUGGUUUAGAUUGUAAAUGUGUUCUUCCCUUUGCUAAUUAUGUUUUUUUUUUAAGUCUUAAAAGUCUUAAAAUGUGAAGGACAUUUAUGAAUGGUAAGGGAGACACUGUAUACAAAUGUAUAUUUGUAAAAGCUAUUUUUAUGAUUAGCAUGUUUUACUGUUGAUCAUAUAUAAAAGUCAGGUGAUAUUGCAAUUAUAAACUUAAAACUUAUUUCCAACAAUGUCAUGUAAGAAAAGAUACAUUGUAUGCUAGUUUUUAUAAUUUAUUUUUGACUUAUAGUUUAAAGUACUUCAGAUCAUAAUGAUAAAAUACUUAAAAAAUUGUAUUUCUGCCCUCAAUAAGCACCAUUUUUAUUAAUAAAGAAUGCAGAUAUUUCAGAUGUGAUUCAAUAGUUAAAGGAUUGUUGGUUUGACCUGUAAUUAAAUUGAGCAUCCUCUGCUUAACUGAACUGAAAUGAUCCAAUUAAUACCCAAUAUUUCAGUCUGGGUAGGAGAUCCCAUGGAUGGAUUUUAAUGCCAAUACAGAUGAGAACUAGAUUGGCAAGGAAGAUUGUUUUGCCUUUGGAUCCAAAAGUUCAAAUUAGUGCAUACAUCACUUCAUUCCAUCUCCUAUUACUAAGGAUUCUCCAUUCCCUGGCAUUGCAAGUGUUUUCCAAAUGCCCUUAGCUGUUGUCUUGUGCUGUGGAAAUGGAAGAAACCAUCUUCACAGACUAGGAGAAUUAAGUGUAUAAUUUCUUAAUAAAUACUGCUUCUUUUAAAACAAA